AUGACAGAAAAAAGCGAACGAAACCUUAAAACGACAUGGUCAAGUCCUAAAAGCUGGAAAAUGUCCCUAAGGAAAACCAGGACGAUGAUUGUCCCAGAGCAUAUUUCAGUCACUGGUGAAGCUUUGAAAAGCGUUGGACUCGAUAACCACGGUGUUGUGGAUCGCGAGCGUUUGAUGCAAAUGAUGAACGUGCCUGACCGCAUUGUAUUGACUGGCGGCGAUGGUUACAAGGGAUACGAAGCCGAACCACUGGAUGUAAUGAAUGAUCACAUAACGCAAGUCGGGGAGAAUGACCUCAAGGAUCUUCCUAACAAAAUAACGAUGAGAGAAAGCCCAUAUCUGGACAGAGGCGAUCCCGCUGAUGAACCUGUUCGAAGCGAAAAUUCAAUUGCAAUAGAGGAGAACCCACUGCAGGAGCUCAAGUUGAUGCGCCGACAGAUUGGUCGUAUUUCCACAAGACUUUAUCAGUUGGAAGACGAAAUUGAGCAACGUCGAUUCCGAGACAAGAUUUCCUUUUCUGCCUUGAUUGGUCUCGCCGCCGCUCUUCUUCUGGCCCUAUUACGAAGAUGA